GGACUCUGGACCUCCAUUAGCUCCACAGAGAGGCUCCUGUCUGAUGAACCAUGAAGCUCAGAGUCUUCUUCAUCUUCGUCUUCAGCGUCUCCGGCUGCCGGGCUGCUUCAGUGAUGACUCAUGCCUCCUCAGUGUUCCUGGACCCAGGCCCCGCCCACAGUGUGCUGCGGGUCAGGAGGGAUAACUCCGGCUGGCUGGAGGAGCUGCAGAUGGGCGAUCUGAAGAGAGAGUGUUUGGAGGAGAAGUGCUCCUACGAGGAGGCGAGGGAGGUGUUCGAACACACCGAGGCCACGGACGAGUUCUGGAGGACGUAUACCCGUAAGAAAACACCUGUAGCGGAGGUGUGUGUUUCUGGUCCAUGUCUGAACGGAGGCAGCUGCUCUUCUCAGGGUUCCUCCUUCACCUGCUUCUGCCUCCCAAACUUCAGCGGACUCACCUGUGAGCUGGAGCGGAGUUCGGUGCUGGACACCUGUCUGCUGCAGAACGGAGGCUGUGAGCAUUUCUGUGAUGAAGACGAGGAAGGACGAAGACUGAAGUGCUCCUGUGCCGACGGAUACUUCCUGCAUGACGACGGGCGGAACUGUGUCGCUAAAGAGGCCAUAGCGUGCGGCAUGGUUCCGGUUCUGCUCGGGGGAAACAAGGCGGAGCAGGACCCCCGGGCCCGGAUCGUCGGGGGGGAAGACUGUCCGAAAGGGGAAUGCCCCUGGCAGGUUCUGCUGGUGUACAAAGGGAAAGGGUUCUGUGGAGGAGUGAUCUUUAAACCCUUCUGGAUCCUCACAGCCUCUCACUGCAUAGAGGACACCGAGGUCCAGUUCCUCAAAGUGGUCGCAGGCGAGCACAACACGGCGGUGUCAGAGGGCACGGAGCAGCUGAUCUCGGUGUCUCAGAUCUUGAUGCAUGAGGGCUACGUGAAGCGCACGGCGGAUAACGACAUUGCGCUGUUAAAGCUAUCGUCGCCUGUGAUCUUCUCUGCGUUCGCCGUACCCGCCUGCCUGCCCACGCGUUCGCUGGCAGAGCGCGAGCUGUGGGCGGUGAGCGAGCACACGGUGAGCGGCUGGGGGCGGCGCGCCGAGAACGGGCCGACCUCUAACGUCCUGCGGCGCCUGAAGGUGCCGAGGAUCUGGACGCAGCAGUGCGAGGAGCAGAGCGGCGUGAAGCUAACGGCUAACAUGUUCUGCGCCGGCUACAUCGAGGGUCGCCAGGACUCGUGUAAAGGAGACAGCGGCGGCCCAUUGGUCACUCAGUACCACCGGACCACCUUCCUAUUGGGCAUCGUGAGCUGGGGGCGGGGCUGCGCUCGGCCCGGGAACUACGGCAUCUACACCCGCGUGUCCAACUUCCUGCCCUGGAUACACAACCACACCAGGGCCCUGAACGCACCGCAAGAGAACCAGAACAUGACCCUAAACGCACCGUCGGGGAACCAGAAAGUGACCCUGAACACACCGCCGGGGAACCACAGCGUGACCCUGAACGCGAACCAGAACAUGACCCUGAACGCACCGCCGGGGAACCACAGCGUGACCCUGAACGCACCGCCGGGGAACCACAGCGUGACCCUGAACGCACCGCCGGGGAACCACAGCGUGACCCUGAACGCACCGUAAUAAUAAUCCAUCUUUAAAGUAAAAAUACAAAAAAGACAAAUUAAAAUAAGCAGGGUUUCUCAUAUUAAAGAACAUUAGACUUCAUUCCAUCUCUGUUUGAUGAUGUGUAGAAACUGAGCCUUCUGUAGGAGCUGAAGUAUACUCAGGCAGAAAUUAAUAUGUCACUAAGAACUUUCAGAUUUUUGUACAAAUGUCCGUCUGAAAUAAAGCACAUAUAUAUAAACAUAUAUAAAGCUCAGAUUCAUGAGUAAAUAAACACGUGCUCCUCCUCCA